AUGGAAACUAUUGAGAGACGGUUGCCACGUGCUGCUGGUACUAAUUGUGAAGGGACGGAUUUGGUUGCAGCUGGGGAAAAUAUUGGAAGGUUAAUUAGGAUGUUGUGCCAAAUCCUUUGCUUGCUUUUAGCGCUCUUGCAUUUCCAUGUCGGUUGUUCAUUGAGUUCCCCUUCCUCUUUUCUUCAUUCAGCUCAUUUAUGCCUCCCAGAACAGAAAGCUGCCUUGCUCGAAUUCAAAAACACCAUUUCUCUAGAUCAUUGCUGGAAAUCUGCUUCUUACCCCAAGACAAAUUCUUGGAAUGAAAGCUUCGAUUGUUGUUCAUGGGAUGGAGUUAGUUGCCACAAGGUGACGGGUCAUGUCAUUGGCAUCGACCUCAGUCAAAGCUGCCUUAACGGCACUCUCCAUGCAAACAGCAGCCUCUUCCACCUUCGAGGACUCCAACGACUCAACCUUGCUUACAACAAUUUCAAUGGCUCUAUCUCAUCAGAGUUAAUUAAUCAAUUAGUGAGUUUGACCCAUCUUAAUCUCUCUUCUAAUUUAUUCUCUGACUUAAUCCCAUGUGAAAUCAGUCUCCUGUCAAAAUUGGUUUCACUCGAUCUUUCCUAUAAUGGUUAUCCAGACUUGAGAUUUGAUAGCCAAGGUUUUGUCAUGCUUGCACGCAACUUGACUGAAUUAAGAAACCUUAUCAUUGACUCUGUAGAUAUGCCUGAUGUUGCAUCUCUUUCCUUUCUGAACUUGACUUCAUCUCUGGAACACUUGAGUCUCAGAGAUUGUCAACUACAUGGGGAAUUUCCAAGUGAUGUUUUUCGCCUUCCAUACGACGGUCCCCUGCCAAAUCAUGUUAAUGGGCUCCAAUUGCUAGAAGCAGUUUGGUUGUCUAAUAACCUUAUAAGUGGUGGAGUACCAUCUUGGCUGUUUACUUUGCCAUCUUUGCAAGAAUUAGAUCUUACCUAUAACAAGCUCACUGGUCCAAUUGAACAAAUUCAGAAGCCCAAUUCUGUCUGGAAGGUUGAUUUGAGUUUUAAUGACAUUCAUGGUCCAAUACCCAGUUCCUUUUUUGGUCUUGUGGACCUUGAAACUCUUCGUCUUUCAUCAAACAACUUGAGUGGCGUCAUCAAGUCAAAUCUGCUUGCAAAACUCAAAAAACUUGGAGUUCUUGAUCUUUCAAAUAAUAGUUUACUAUCAUUAAGCACAAGCGGCAAUGAUGUUAACUAUUCAUUCCCUUAUCUUGUUACUGUGUCAUUCUCUUCUUGUAGCAUAAGACAGUUUCCAAGUUUCUUUCGAACAUCAAAAAUGAGUUAUUUUGAUCUUUUCAAUAACAAGAUUCCUGGUGGAAUUUCCAAAUGGGAAGCAGAAGGGUGGGAAGAAUUGGUCUACUUGAACCUUUCUUACAACUUUCUUACCACUUUUGAGCAAUUUCCAGGGAAGAAUCUUCUAAUUCUUGACCUUCAGUCCAACUUGCUUCAAGGGCCAAUUCUGUCAACUUGCUUGAAUCUUCAAAAUCCAAAUCCACCGCAAGAUAUGAGAGUAUUCUUAAUUUCAAAGAAUAACUUGACUGGAAAUAUCCCUCCUUUGAUUUGUAAUUGGAGUUGGCUUGAACAUCUUGACUUGUCACGAAAUAGGUUGAGUGGAAUUAUUCCAAAUUGUCUUGGAAAUUUCAGCCAAGCUCUCGAGUUAAUGAAUUUGGAGAUGAAUAACUUUUAUGGCAAAAUUCCUAAUUCUUUUGCACAUGAUCUGUUGAGAAAUCUUCUCCUCAAUGACAAUCAAUUGGAAGGAUUACUGCCGCGAACUUUGGCUAAUUGCAGUUCCUUGGAACUUUUGAAUUUAAGGAACAACAAGUUAACGGAUACCUUUCCCCAUUGGUUAGCUUCACUUCCAUGGCUGCGAGUUCUUAUUUUGCGAUCUAAUAGAUUGCAUGGUCCCAUGCCCAACUCCAUAGCUUCAUCUAACUUCUCCUUAUUGCAAAUAAUUGAUCUCUCUCAUAAUGAGCUCACCGGUCCCUUGCCAACAAAAUUCUUCCAAAAUUUGAGAGCAAUGAAAGAUCAUGUAUCUGAAGAUAAGAGACAUUCCACAGAACUUCCCAGAAGUAGAGAUGGAAAACUACACGGUCAUGACUAUUAUUACCCAGUAAAUGUAACCACGAAAAGAUUCGAGAUUGAAUUGGUGAAAACCUUAAUAAUUUUCACAUUUAUGGACUUUUCCAACAAUCUAUUCUGUGGAGAAAUUCCUGAGGAACUUGGAGAACUUAUUUUGCUUCAAGGACUCAACUUUUCUAACAACAACUUGACUGGUCCUAUACCACCAUCUUUCGGCAAUAUGGUAUGGCUUGAAUCAUUAGAUCUCUCGUCAAAUAAGCUUAGUGGCAGAAUUCCUUCCCAAUUGACAAAUCUGACAUUCCUUGAAGUGUUAAAUCUUUCACAAAAUGAUCUUGUUGGACCAAUUCCCCAUGGGAAGCAAUUUGAUACUUUUGAGAACGAUUCCUAUAGUGGUAACUUGGGAUUGUGUGGCCUUCCAUUGUCAAAACAAUGCGAGCCAAAACCACCGAUGCCAAUGCUUAAGGAAGAUGAAGGUUCUGAAACAGCUUUUAUUUGGAAAGUUGCAAUGAUGGGCUACGGAUGUGGAGUGGUGCUAGGAUUGAGCAUGGGAUACAUUGUAUUCACAACAGGAAGACCAUGGUGGUUUGUCAGAAUAAUUGAGAGAGAUUGGCAAAACAAUGUUACAAAGUGGAUUCGCAGCAUCUAG